AUGCACUGCUGGCAUCGGAUAAAGAGUCGGCAGAAGAGGAGGACUCUAGAAAUGGAUAUUCAUGAAGAAGAUGCCCAAAGUGUCGACGAUGACACUACUUCUAAUAUAUCAGAAGCUCAGUUGGAGAUGGAAGUUGAUGAGUCUCCUUCUCCACUGGAUGGAAGACAAGUAAAAUUAGGUAAUACACAUUUUACUUGUAUUGGAAACAUGUUGUUGCCCCAAAAAAGAGUUUUUGAGGGCAAGGAAAAGCGAGGAUACCCUACCUACAAAUGGAGUACUAAGCCACCGCCUCCUCAACGAACUCCUGGUAGGAAUAUAGUCCCAUAUUGA